UCAAUAAAACUUUGUCCGCAGACACGCAGAGCUUUCAGCACACAACUUACCUGUCCCAAAAUGGGGCACUACAAAUAUAUAUUUGGAUUACUUUUCUUUCUCUAUACAGUUCAAGGAGAUAUUCUGCAUAAUUAUGUAAGGACAGAUGGUGCUUGGAUAUUUGAUCGAGAUAUCAAUUCUUAUAGAACUUUAACUAAAGAAGCUUGUGCUGAGAAAUGUGAAACUGAAACAGCAUUUACUUGCAGGGCAUUUUUAUUUACAGAGAAACAGCAGCAAUGUGUUAUCUUGUCCCUCAAUUCUAAAACAGCGGUUGUAUUCAGAAAGGCAGGGGCCGUUCUCUUUGAAAAACGAAUGUAUCUCCUUGAAUGCAAAAUUAGAAAUGGAGUAGACUACAGAGGAACUGAAUCAAAAACGCAGAAUGGUGUACUGUGCCAGAAAUGGGCUGAGAAUAGUCCUCAUAAACCCAAUUUUACGCCUUUUCUUUACCCUAAUGCUUCCUUAGAAGAAAACUACUGUAGAAAUCCAGAUCAUGAUGAUAGCGGUCCCUGGUGCUAUACAACAGAUCCUGGAACCAGAUUUGAUUUUUGCAACAUUCCUGAAUGUGAAGAUGAGUGUAUGCACUGCAGUGGGGAAAACUAUCGAGGCAAACUUUCCACAACAGAAUCUGGGCUCACUUGCCAGCCUUGGGCUUCUCAAGAGCCUCAUGCUCAUGGAUACAUUCCUUCAAAAUUUCCAGAAAAGAACCUGAUAACGAAUUACUGCCGUAAUCCUGAUGGUGAGCCACGUCCUUGGUGUUUCACCUCCAACCAGACGAAACGCUGGGAAUUCUGUAACAUUCCUCGGUGUACUACUCCCCCACCAGCUAUUAAGGGGCAACAGUGCCUUGUGGGAAAUGGAGAAGAUUAUCGAGGGAAUGUAGGAGUCACCAGAUCAGGAAAAACCUGUCAAUCCUGGGCAUCCCAAGAACCUCAUGGCCAUGCAAGAACUCCAGAAAACUACCCUUGCAAAGGUUUAGAAGAAAACUAUUGUAGAAACCCUGAUGGAGAGAUUAAACCUUGGUGCUAUACAACUGACUUAUAUACUCGAUGGGAAUACUGCGACAUUGCUAGAUGUAAUGAUGUAACCACAGUUACGGCUGCUGCUCCUGUUGCUCCUGUUAUUCCCCAACAACAACCUCAACAAGUUGAAGAUUGCUAUUAUGACAAUGGCUCAGGUUAUCGGGGUACUGUUGCAGUGACUGUCUCAGGGAAGAAAUGCCAAGCAUGGAUUUCUAUGAGGCCCCAUCGUCAUACUAAGACACCAUUUGCAUUCCCAGAUGCGGACCUGAGAAGGAACUAUUGCCGAAACCCAGAGAAUGACAAAGCACCCUGGUGUUAUACUACUGCUCCUGGGACAAGGUGGGAGUACUGCAAUCUACAAAAGUGUGCUGAACAGGAAACUUCACAGACACCGACAUCAAAUAUUGACUGUAGGACUGGAAAUGGUAGAGAUUAUCGUGGACAUAUUGCGACCACAGUGAAUGGCGAGACCUGCCGAUCAUGGCAAUCACAAGUCCCUUAUGAGUAUACGUCUUUCACACCAGAGACUCACCCAAGGGCAGGACUGGAGAAAAAUUAUUGUAGAAAUCCUGAUGGUGAUACAAAUGGUCCUUGGUGCUAUACAACAGAUCCAAAUAAAGACUGGGACUAUUGUGACAUUCCACAGUGCCCUGUUUCUGAUGACGGAUGUGGAAAAGCCAAAUAUGAACAAGUGCGCUGUUUUGGAAGAAUCGUUGGUGGUUGUGUUUCAAAUCCCCAUUCUUGGCCCUGGCAGAUCAGUCUCCGCAUACGUUUCGGUGAUCACCACUUUUGUGGAGGCACAUUAAUACACCCACAGUGGGUCCUGACAGCAACUCACUGCUUAGAACGGUCAUCAAGUCCUACUUUUUACAAAGUGUCCCUUGGUCUGCACAGAGAGGAAGCUUCAGAAAAAUCUGCACAGCAUCGAUAUGUUCAGAAAAUAUUCAAAGCACCAAAUAGGGCAGACAUUGCCUUGCUGAAAUUAAGCAGCCCUGUAAAGAUCACCAGUGAAGUCAUUCCAGUCUGUUUGCCUCCAGACAAUGUCAUGGUAGCAGGUGGGGCAGAAUGUUAUGUCACAGGAUGGGGUGAAACAAAAGGAAGUGGUGGAGACGGCUUUCUUAAAGAGACUGGCUUCCCUGUCAUUGAAAACAAAGUCUGUAAUCGGCCUGAGUUUCUGAAUAACAGAGUCAGUAACAAUGAACUCUGUGCUGGUACUAUUGAUGGUGGGACUGAUAGCUGUCAGGGUGACAGUGGUGGACCUCUGGUCUGUGAAGAGCAAGGACAAUAUGUGCUACAUGGAGUCACCUCUUGGGGUCUUGGCUGCGCCCAGCCCAUGAAACCUGGGGUUUAUGUCCGAGUGUCUAGAUUUAUUCCAUGGAUUCAAAGAACAAUGAAUGAAAAUUGAGCUGCCAAUAACCUCUUGCUGAAAGCAACACAGAGAAAGAGGAAUAAAUAGAAGUGAAGGGCAAUAUAAUGAAAUAAUUUACAUGAAUGUGAAAUAAACACCUGUAAGCAACCCUA